CUUGUUCAGUGCAGACUCAUCUGCUACGAGGUAUAAAAUCAAGCGCCAGAAGAAAUGAGAUCAGUUCAAGAAACUCGGAGACCACUUCGAAGUUUGUUUUUGGAUCAACAAAUGUCUUAUUGAGUAAUGGUGAUGUGCCUAACCCAAACAAUAUAAAGUUUUCCUCAUAGAGAGAGAGUCACUUUUUAUUUUUAUUUUUUUUUCAUUUUGCACCAAUACCAGAACUUCAUUACUGGAUUUGAACUCAAGUGGAUAUGGCAGAGGGAGACUUUUACACGACGGGAAACCGACAGAGGUUUCCCAGAGAUCCAUUUGGAGAAUCGCCAUUCAUUGAUCAGUCUCCAUUCAGAGACCAGUCUCCUUUCAGGGAUCAGUUAGCGUCUCGGUUUAUGGAAGAUGAAUUUGGGAUGCCACCUUUCCCCGAUGAUCUGUCGAUGGACUGGCCGGGGUGGGCUCGUCCGGGCCGGCUAAGCACGCGUCUCAGCUCCUCGCCCUUUAGCAGCAGUUUACGCACAGGUUUUCCCCCGCGUCAGACCACGGGAGGCCCCCAGCUGUAUACCAGCAGAUACGGCGAGCCCUCCUCCCGGAGUUCACCCACCACUACUUGUGGGGAACCCUGGAAAGUCUGCGUGAACGUCCACAGCUUCAAACCAGAAGAGUUGCACGUAAAAACGAGAGACGGAUUUGUAGAAGUGUCAGGAAAGCACGAAGAGAAACAGGAAGAAGGUGGAAUAGUGACAAAGAAUUUCACAAAGAAGAUACAGAUCCCCACAGACGUGGACCCCCUGACAGUCUUCGCCUCUUUGUCUCCUGAGGGUGUCCUCAUCAUCGAAGCUCGGCAGACACCUCCAUAUUACCUUUUCAGCGACGAGGGAUCCCAAGGUGGUGAAAAGCAGGAGGUGGAAGCCUCCAAGCCCCAGAUGGCUCCUAUGGUCUAAACACAUCAUUCUGGACAAUCAGUUACCAGUUUGAUGUGAAAUGUGUUGCCUCUAGCCUCAUGUUGUUUGACACCUGGAGGUAUUUGAUGUCCAGAUUAAAGUUAAACCAGGCAUUUGUUUUUUCUGUUGGAAAAUCUAUUUUUACAAGCUCAGACAAUGAUGAAAAGUGUCAUUUUCCCAUUAACAAAUAGAUGCUUAUGAAUUUUCCAGAAUAGUCCAAUAGUCCCUUUUUUUAAGUAAUUAACAGGUGUAAUUAUGAAAUAAUUUGGCUGUUUCUUUUCAGGUAAAAAAUUUGCCCAUGGCAGAGUUUUUAAUAAAAAUUGUAGAAGGCCAAAUGUGACUGCUUUUUGAUUUCCUUUCAGUCGGGCUCAAUUCAAUUUUUAAAACUUUAGAAUCAAAGAAAAUCAUAUAAAAGUGAAGUUUUAAGUGUAGCAGCCUUUCCAGCAUAUAUUUUUGUUCUUUCGUUCACCUUUCCUUCCUUCAGUUUCUAUAGGUUUUUUUAUUUAACAUGAUGUCAUUGAAAUUGACAAGAAAUAAAGGUAAUAUUAUAUUUCUGUGUAUCCAGAAGGUUAAUUUUCUGCAUUAAUGCACACAAUAUAUAAUAUUAUUUCACAGUGUAUUGUAAAUAUAAUAGUGCCAAUUCAUUAUAAAUCUUAAUCUGAAAUGUUCUGCAUUUUGCAAUAUGGUUUGAAAUUUUCUUUUCUAUUUGAGCAUUAAGGAUGAUGGCUGCAUGAUUGUUGGAGAGGACAGACUGCCUUCUUUUCUGUUGAUGUCUUUGUAUUGACUGAUGCAAUAAACAUGUCCAGCCAAUCGCCCA